GAGGUGGGUGUUCAGGGCCGGCUGGGUGGGCCAUGGGGUAAAAGGAGAGGAGGGAACCGUGAUCACUAGAGACAUUCUGAGUGUCUCCCUCCAUAAACUGGUGGAGGGGACAGGGGCUGGGAGCCGGGAGGCCUGGGUUCUCAUUUCAACUUUGUCAUUUCCAACCUGUGGGACCUCAGGCAGGUCCCUUGGAUCCUCAGAGCCACCAUUUCCUGACCUGAGAAAUGGAAAGGUGUUUUCUUCCCUGCUUUCCUCACAGGCUUGUCAAGACUGUCCAUGGGCCAAAGAAGAUUAACAUCCUUGGUGGAUGGGAACCCGUGGUGCCGGGCAGUCCUGAGACCUUUGCUCAGUCCUUUCCCUGACCUUCUGCCUCUACCCAUCAUCAGCCCCCAGAAGGCCAGGGCAGGCUCACCAUCCUUCAUUUCCCGUCCCCUUCUCUCCACAUCCUUCACAGAGGAUAUUUGUCCUGCUGGUUCCCCUGGCGAAAAUGUUCUAAGCACCUCCAUGCACUACCAUUAAUCCAUUCAGUUUCCAUACUAAUUGGUGCCCUAGUAUGUUCCAGGUAUUAGGAACAGAGUGGUGUGUAGGACAGCCAAGGUUCCUCCCCUCAUGGAGUCAUAUGCUACCCAAGAGAAGACAUACAAGGAAUGAACAAAUAAAUUUGUGUACUGAUGUAAUGAAGGGAAUAAAACAGGGCAACAUGAUAGAGAGUGGGGGUGCAUUUCAGGUUUGACUGGACAGGAAGGGACCACUGAACUGAGAUCUGAACAACUCAGGCAAAGGAAACAGCAAGUGUAAAGGUCCUGGGGUGGGUCUGAGCUUGGAAUGUUUAAAGGACAGCGAGGUCAUCACGCCUGGGUUUAUCCAGAUUCCUGUCCAUCCCACUUAAGCGUUGUCACUUUUGUGACGCCUUCUUGGAUUACCACCUCACCCCUUACUUGCCGACUCGGCUCCAACCAGUUUCCAUACCCCUGUGGUUACAACCGGCCCUGACCAAUCUGGGUCGUGACGGACUCUUUACACACUGGACUGUUAGCUCCUUGAUGGCAGGAACUAGCUCCAUUAACCAGCACUGAUCAGGCAUGUAGCAGGUGAUCGUUGGAAGGAUGGAUCAAUUAACCAAUAGACAAACAAGGGAAUGCAUCCGUGAAUACCAGGUCCAUUUACCUGCUUAAACGUCGCCUUCGCAGAUUCCCUGACCGCAUCCCCUACCAUGCUGUUUUUCCCUGUGCGAAUAUCACCUCACAUACCAUAGAAUGUGUGCAUUUAUUUUGCUUCUUGAUUCCCCUGUCUCUCCCUAGUAGAAUAUCCACGCCCCGCAGGGCAGGGAUUUUUGAGUUAAGUUGUGCAGGCCUAGAACAGUGCCUGGCACAUAGCAGGCACGGAUAGGAACAAAUGAGUUAGGGGUAAAUGAAUGCGUGCAGAAAUGAAUGAAGCCUGAUAGAACGAGGGUCAGAACUGCAAAUCUGGGCUAGCCUGCCCUUAACAGAGAUGUAGGAGUAAGGGUUGGGGCGUGACCUUUCAACCCCGAGCCGGCCAACUGGCCAUCACGUUUGCCUGUGUGCCGACCGCGGCAAUGCGCUGAACAGAACAUUCCCACUUCGUUGACGGAGAAACUCUGGCAGGGUAAGUUUAAAUGGCCUGCGGCGGAUGACAGAGCUGGUGCUGACUCGGGUCGUUUGCUCUCCCGGCCCCCUCUCAGACGCGACUCUGACCCCCAGUUCUGGGCGUCUCGCUCUCUUCCCGCGGUGGGAAGUCAGAGCCCGGUGGCCCCCGGGAGCUGCGCCUGGCGCGCCGGUGCGUGCUGGAAAGGGAGCGGGCACCCGGGUCCCCGAGUCGCCCCCCGAGCCCGCGCCGCGCCCCCGCCCCUGCCCGGCCCCGGCCACGCUGUCAGUCUCCAUUAGCGCUAACAGGCUCCAGACGGAGCGGGCCCGGCGCGGGCUUAAUGCAAUCGGCGCGUUACCUGGGGCGCAGGCUACAUUACCAGCCCGGCCCCCGCCCGGCGCGGCCAGAAGCAGCCAGCGCGCGCCCCGCCGGCCGCCCCGCGCCUCCCGCGCUCCUCCGGCCGCGCCCGAGCGCCACGCGGCGGAGCCCAGCCCCGGCCGGCGCCCCACAGCCCGUCGCGGCCAGGCGGGGCACCCGGGACCGCGGCGCUGCCGGACACGUGAGUGCGCCCUGCGCGCCGCCCGGCCGAGGUGUGCCGGAGACCCCGGCUGCGUGCGCAGAGCGAGAGCGGUAGCGACUUUGAAGCGCGGAGGGAGCCUCGGCGCGCUCCCAGUACGGCUGACGUUCCCCUCGCCAACCGCACCCAUGCUUCUGGCGCGGAUGAAGCCGCAGGUGCAGCCCGAGAACGGCGGGGCGGACCCGGGGCCGGAGCAGCCGGUGCAAGGGCGCAAAGCCGCGGAGCUGUUGGUGGUGAAAGAGCGCAACGGCGUCCAGUGUCUCCUGGCGUCCCGCGAUGGCGACGAGCAGCCCCGGGAGACCUGGGGCAAGAAGAUCGACUUCCUGCUGUCAGUGAUCGGCUUCGCGGUGGACCUGGCCAACGUGUGGCGCUUCCCCUACCUCUGCUACAAGAAUGGUGGCGGUGCCUUUCUGAUCCCGUACACCCUGUUCCUUAUCAUUGCUGGGAUGCCCCUGUUCUACAUGGAGUUGGCUUUGGGCCAGUACAACCGAGAAGGGGCAGCCACGGUGUGGAAGAUCUGCCCAUUUUUCAAAGGAGUUGGCUACGCUGUGAUCCUCAUCGCCAUCUACGUUGGCUUCUACUACAACGUCAUCAUCGCCUGGUCUCUCUACUACCUCUUCUCCUCCUUCACCCUCAAGCUGCCUUGGACCGACUGCGGCCAUGCCUGGAACAGCCCCAACUGCACCGACCCCAAGCUCCUCAACAGCUCUGUGCUGGGCAACCACACCAAGUACUCCAAGUACAAGUUCACGCCGGCAGCAGAGUUUUACGAGCGUGGCGUCCUGCACCUUCACGAGAGCGGCGGGAUCCACGACAUCGGCCUGCCCCAGUGGCAGCUCUUGCUGUGUCUGAUGGUCGUCGUUGUCACCCUGUUUUUUAGCCUCUGGAAGGGAGUGAAGACAUCAGGAAAGGUGGUGUGGAUCACGGCCACGCUGCCCUACCUCGUGCUGUUUGUGCUCCUGGUCCAUGGCAUCACGCUGCCUGGUGCCUCCAACGGCAUCAACGCCUACCUGCACAUCGACUUCUACCGCCUGAGAGAGGCCACGGUGUGGAUCGAUGCGGCGACUCAGAUAUUUUUUUCCUUGGGGGCUGGAUUUGGAGUCCUGAUUGCAUUUGCCAGUUACAACAAAUUUGACAACAACUGUUACAGGGACGCCCUGCUCACCAGCACCAUCAACUGUGUCACCAGCUUCAUCUCUGGGUUCGCCAUCUUCUCCAUCCUUGGUUACAUGGCCCAUGAACACAAGGUCAACAUUGAGGACGUGGCCACCGAAGGAGCCGGCCUGGUUUUCAUUCUGUACCCAGAAGCCAUUUCCACCCUGUCGGGAUCCACAUUCUGGGCUGUCGUGUUCUUCAUCAUGCUUCUGGCUCUGGGAAUUGACAGCUCGAUGGGAGGCAUGGAGGCCGUCAUCACAGGCCUGGCGGACGACUUCCAGGUCCUGAAGAGACACCGGAAACUCUUCACAUUUGGUGUCACCUUUGGAACCUUCCUUCUGGCCCUGUUCUGCAUAACCAAGGGCGGGAUAUACGUGCUGACCCUGCUGGACACCUUUGCGGCGGGGACCUCCAUUCUGUUUGCCGUGCUCAUGGAAGCCAUCGGAGUCUCCUGGUUUUAUGGUGUGGACAGGUUCAGCAACGACAUCCAGCAGAUGAUGGGGUUCAAGCCAGGCCUGUACUGGAGACUGUGCUGGAAGUUCGUGAGCCCCGCCUUCCUCCUGUUUGUGGUGGUGAUGAGUGUCGUCAACUUCAAGCCACUCACCUACGAUGACUACAUCUUCCCGCUCUGGGCCAACUGGGUUGGAUGGGGCAUCGCGCUGUCCUCCAUGGUGCUGGUGCCUGCCUACAGCAUCUACAAGUUCUUCAGCAUGCGGGGCUCCCUUCGGGAGAGGCUGGCCUAUGGCAUCACCCCGGAGAACGAGCAUCACCUGGUGGCCCAGAGGGAUGUCAGGCAGUUCCAACUGCAGCACUGGCUCGCCAUCUGAGACCCAAGGAGGGACCCUGCCGUGCCGACGCCCAGGUCCAAGGCUUUGCUGCCACCCCGGACACCGUCUUGGGACUCCUCUCCCGAAAGAUGUUCUCUCCAUCCCUACCCCUCUUUCCCCAGUUACAAAUGAUUUAGUGACCUCGUUCUUAUUCACCUUCUGUUCAUCUGGCCCGGAGGCUUUGAGCUUGGAUUGGAAAGUCUGGAGGGGGAGGAGGAGGGGAGGGAACAGGAAAAGUGACUUCCAUCGAGCCCCUUUUGCUUUGGGAAAGCCUCACCCACCCUGGGAUCUGGCCCAAGCUGAGCUCCAUCCACGGCUCGGGCAGAAUUCACCACUACCUUUGCUGUGCUUUGGGGGCACAGGAGAAAUCCCGCCCGCCAAAUCAGAGAGAGGAUGUCGCUUUUGGCCAGAUACCAUAAAACCGAACACAAACAAAAAGGCCGGCUGCGUCUGGGGCAGGGGAUCCUCUCUCUCUCUUGCCACCCAGUCAGCAUUCUGGUGUCUGAACCUUGAUCAGGGAGCGCGGCUUGGUUUGUUCUGGUCAUCAGUCUGGAUAGAUGCUUUGGAGGCUUGUGAGAAGAAUCCUUCAUGGUUAGUUUUCACUCUGGCUAAGCUGAAUCUGAUUUGUGCGUGUUCUGGAACAUUCUUCCAGCUUCUGGUGGUCAGAGGGUCCAGAGCCAUGGAUGUCACGAGGCAAAAUGUAGAUGAGCCGCAGUGAGGAGGUUUUGCAGAAGUACCAGAGGAGCUCAUAGAGGCCACGUGCAGGGCUUGGUUUGUCGGGCACAUGGGGCCCAGAAACCCAUCUGUGGCUUCUGAGAUCUUUCUGGGGGACUUGGGACAGGAACCCAGCGAGGCCAGAAGUGUGUCUGUACUACAGAAUUCUCUGCCGUCCUCACAGGGACAGGUGGAUGCCCAAGGGCAUCCUGAUAGGCUGUUUGUUUAUCUGUUGUCCGCAGACACCUGCAAAGGUCUUCCCUGGGAAUCCCACCCAGCACGGACCAGGGCUCUCAAGUGAUGGGGAGUUGGCCCUGAAAACUCCCUUUGUCUCUCCUGAUGGUCUUAACUUGGCAUCUGAGGGCAUGGUGGAGCCAAGCAGAUAGCAACCUGGUCAUUCAAGUCGAGGGGAAAAUAUUUCUGAGCUGAUGGAGCAGGAUGAUGGUUUUAGAGAAUUUGCUGUUGACUUCUGAUACACAUUUGCAAGUGGCGCCCUCUGGUGGUGGUGGUGGUGGUGCGUUUCAGCUCGGAGAACAGAUUUGUAGUUUGGGAAGUUGGUGGCAUCUAUUUGGGGUUUCUGUUUAUGGUUUGAGUCUCUUAUGCCUUCCUUGGAAAUCUAGAUUCAGAGGUUCUUGUUGUGACUGAGGAAGCCCCUAUUGAGGAAUCUUGGGCCAUAAAUAAAUAAAUAAAUAAACAGGCUGCUCAUACUGGGAGUGUAGGAAGACUCACAUCCAGAAGGUACUUUGCAUAAGACUGGGGUGUCCCUGAGCCCGAUCAAUCAAUCAUGCAGUUUGUGGAAGAGGGUUAUGUUGGGGGCGGGGGGAGUGGUGGGGCAGGGAGGUGGUCUUCUCUCUGAAGGUCCUGAGGUUUCCCUACGUCAGUGUCCUUGGGUCAUUUUUUGGAGAAAAGUGGGAGAAUCAGAAGACUUCUGAUAUUUUUAUGUAAAAAGGCCAGUUCAAAGGCUAAGCGCAAGUGGCAGGUGUCUUGGACUGCUGUGGAAGGCGGGGCCUGAGGGCAUCCAAUGGAGCUGAACAAUAAGGUGGGGGCGAGGGAGAUGAGGGAAGGGCGACCCAUCACAGGUGGGAUCUGGUCCCGUAAACGACUUCAAAUCCUCCCGUGACGAGUAACUCCUCCCUAGGUGUUCUAGUCGUUUUACACAAAGUCCCUUCAUCCCCGUCACCUCCCAUCUUCCCAGCAAGGAUUGCAGGGCUGGUUUCUGUCCCAUUUCCCAGGUGGGAACACCAAGGCUCAGUAUUUCGGCCGCUCUUGUUCAAGUUUUCUCAGCUCCUAAGGGAUCCAGUCAGACCCUCAAGUCGGAUCCCGUGCCUCUUAGCCCAGAGCACUUUGAAAUCCCCAGCACACUAUGGUUUACCCCACCCAGGGCUGUCGUUAAAAAAUAAACAAAACCCAGUCAAGUGGCCAGGGAGUGUUUCUUAGCAAAAGAGUAACGUAUUGGAAGAAGGGAAGAGGGGAGAGGGCGUCAUCUGUUCACAGCUGUCCCCUUUUUGAUGGACUCGGUCACGCUGGGGAACAGCGGGGCGCGAACCUGCAGUUUUCUCUUUCCAUCUGCAUGUGGCCCUUCUGCCUCCAGGCAUCUGUCCCGAGGGUGAAUCAGAGAUGCGGUGCUAGCUGACCCAACACCAAACCAACGCCAUGGUGCUGCCUUGUUUCGGGAGUCGGCUCCUGAGCUUGGGGUGAGGGGGGUCUGGCCCCGAGCCCGGGCCCCCCGGGGGGGGGAUGGGGGCCCCAGGAAGCCCUUGGAAGUUCUCAUGGAGGUGCUGGCAGGCCUUCUGGGCUCACCUUCCACCCACACUUAACGGAGGAGGAGUAUGUGCUUUAUCCUGAGUAACGUUUGACUUCUUUUUUGUGGCCUUUUUUUGAUAGCGGAGGUUACCCGAGAUAAGGGUGUUCCUGUGUACUGUAUACGACACUUUUGCUAUUUUACCGGGUUUUUAAAGAAUUAUUAUUUUCCAUGAAAUGUAAACUCUCCGUUUAAGACCAUCGCCUUCACAUCUACUGGAUGUCUAGUCAUUUCGCGACCACCCGUCAGUGGAUCGUCAUUCUAGAUGCAGAUGAGACAAAGGAGAAGGGAGCAGCCAACUCUUGCCAAUUUCCUGCUGAGUAAAGGUCCCCAAAGCUGCCUUAAUUCUCAGAGGGCACCCCUGCCUGGUGGGGUGGGGGGGGGGGGAGGCUGUCUCUGGCCGCAUGAUCCAUAUGGCGGCCCUGGUGAUGUGAGACCGAAGCACUCUUACCAAAGACGUCAUUUCCUGGCAAAGAAGCCCACGGAGCUCAUUUCGUAUGUUUACUUCCUUUGAAAGCCAUGGGAUGGAGAACAGAGAGGAAGCGCGUAGAAACAGCACAGCUUUCAGAGUCUGCAGGGAUCUGGGUCUACCGCUGCCCAGCAGGGUUCCUAGGGAGGGGUCUCUUCAUCUCUCUGGGCUUCAGCUUCUUUGUCUGUAAAAGCAAGGGUCAGAUCAGAUCAUCAAAGGUCCCAUCCAGUUAAAAAAUGUUCCGGUCUCCACGACAACGUACUUGUGCUAAAUUUACAAUGAGGGAAGCACCUCGCUGGGUGUGAGUCUUUCCAGAAUGAUCUGGUGGCCAAUAACCUACUGAGUAGAGAAAUGUCAGGUUUCUGGCCUCCAGAACUUUGAUUUUUCUGGACAUUCAGUAGUUCCUCCUUCUCCAGUAUUUCUUCCACUAGUGCCAGAAACACUUGGUAUUUAAAAAUAAAUAAAUAAAUCCAACCCAUUUGUGCUCAAGAUCUUGAGGGUAACAUGUGAGGCCCCGGUGAGUCCCAGGAUCCACAGCUGUGUGGGUAUAUCAGCAUAUUUAUUGCCGCCACGUCAGAAAGCACCGAAACACUGGUGAACGUGAAGUUGCUUUUGGGGUACCCGCCCUCAGCCCUCUGUUUCUCCACUUCUGUGUAAAUAAGGAUUGUCCCAGUGGUGCCCUCUCUGUCACGGACUGUUCCCAUGUCACGCAGGUGUCUGUGUCUGGUGUGGAUUUAUUUUAAAAGCUGUUCUCUUCAUGGAAAAAUCAGUGUACAGAAUAAUAAAGGAGAUUUCCUGUGC